AUGGACAUCUACAGAGCAUCGGCUCCCCGGGUGCCCACAGGCUGCACCCCGGGUCCACGACGCGUGCGCAACGGCUCCCCCCGCCCUCCCGCUCGCUCCGGAAGGCCCCCGUCGCCGCUCCAGGACCCCGCGAUUGUUGCUGCUAGACCCGGCAGGGCGGCAGAAAUGCUGCCCGACCGGGUGCACCUACGGGUCCGCGCUCGUAGCCGCAACGGCUCGCGCCCUAGGUGCCUUCAACUGGCCCUAGAGACCCUGAGGACGAUACAGCAGCAGCGACGGCGGGGUCCCCGACGACGACAUGCCUUGAUGGACGACGACGCUGCCACCGCCUCAAGUGAUGACGACCGGCUCGGGCAGGUAGCUACGGAGCUGCCUGCCCGAGCUGGAUACACUGCAGUGGCCGCGGCCCCACCAUGGGCAUGCCACGACUACCACCAGCGAGGCCGUGUCCACUGCAGCAAUUGUUUAUGCUUCUCACGUACCUGUGACGACCGGCUCGGCAGGCAGGCACCCAUACUGCCUGACCGAGUCGGGUGUGACGCUCCGAUGCCUUGCGGCGACGAGCCGUCCGCUGUUGCUGGGCCCUGUCCCCAUGAUGAUGACUGCACACCCGGCAGGGCGGGUACCAUGCUGCCCGUGGGUGCUGCACAGGCUCCUGCCACGACCGCAGCCGUCCCCAUGGAGGUGGACCAGGGCGCGACGUGGCAGGCAGCAAGCCUCACUCCGCCGUCUCCUCCUCUCGUGCUCCGCCUCAACGGCAAGCGUCGCCGCUUGAACGACGAGGAUGACGGGGAGGAACGCGAGCAAGCCGAGCAACUGCUGCUCGAGGACGUUGAGGCCGGCCCCAUGAACUCAGCGCUUAGGCCAUCCGCGGCCAGCGUACUUCCGGCCUCCGUCCUGUCCGUGUAUGCCCACAACGCGCAGCGCUUCACGUGCACGCUGUGUGCAUAUACGGCGUCAAGCUUUGCUUCGCUCAAGCGCCACCGGGACUCAAGGCACCGCCGCAUCGCCUUCCUCGACCGGUUCUCGGCAGGUUGUGCGUGCGGCACACCUUUCGUGUCGAGGCUGGCUGCAGCUAACCACGCUCGCGCGUGUGCCAGCCUCCGCGACACUUCGGCUGCGACUACGCCAGCAGCAGGGGACCUCAGCCCCACUGCUGGUGCUGUCAAUGCCACCGCUACGGUGGCCGACACCGAACCCGUGCUGCCCCGCCAAGACCCUCCGGUGCUCGCUGUGUCCCCCCACAGUCGAGCACCACUCAUGACAGGUCUACAGAGUCAAGAUGGAGCCCUCCGCUCCCAAGGCAGCUGGUUGCUUCUCGCGUUGCGUCACGCCUCUCCGAGGUUCCCGCCCCACGAGACCAAGGCUGGGGACAGCGACGACGAGGACGUCAACGACGACCAAGACAAGGACGGCGAGUGGCUGCUGCGCUUUGACGGUGCCUGCCGGGCAAACCCUGGCCCUGGCGGCGCCGGCGCUGCGCUGUUCAAGCCCAGCGGCCCCGUAGUGUGGACGUGCUCCCACUACAUGCCGAGCAGCGGCGAAACCAACAACACGGCAGAGUACACCGCGCUGCUGCUCGGCACAAGGGCUGCCGCCGACCACGGUGUCACGCGCCUGCGGAUCGAGGGUGACAGCACCCUUGUCAUCCAGCAGGUGCGUGGCAUCUUCGCCACACGCAACAAGCGCCUGAGGCAACUGCGCAUUGCGGUCAAGGCGGAGCUGGCGCGGAUGGAGCGGGCCACGCUCCAUCCCAUCGACAGGCAGGCAAAUGGUCAUGCCGACCGCCUCGCCAACGCCGCUCUUGACCGCCGCACGACCACGUUGGAGUCUGCACCUCCGCCUGCCACACCGCAUGUCGCGGUGGGCACCGAUGUCCCCCCAAGCCCCGCAGAUGAUGAUGACAUGGGGGACAUCGAUGAUGGCGAGGUGUAUGCAGCGAUGCGUGUGGGGCCUGAUGCAGUGCCUCAGCGCCGGUCCCGACUGCGCCUGCGGCAGCUGGACGAGGACGAGCAAGAGGCUGCGGGCAAGUUGGUGGAGCGGCUGGCUGCGAGGCUAGCUGCCAAGAUAACGGACGCUGAUGACUGGGAGGAGGCGGAGGGCUACAUCACAGCCCUCCCGUAUGCGCUGUACGAUCAACUGCAGCCUUACUCCCAGACACAGCACCCCGCCCAACCUCACUCCCAGCGCCCGCAGCUGCACAUCCGACGUGCGUCCUGA